AUGGCAGUCUCUGCAAUUGGAUUUGAAGGGUAUGAAAAGAGGCUAGAAAUCGCCUUCUUUGAGCCGGGUAUCUUUGUUGACCCGGAAGGGAAGGGUCUCCGAUCUCUGUCAAAGGCUCAGUUGGAUCAGAUUCUUGGACCGGCUCAGUGCACCAUUGUCGACUCACUUGCAAAUGCUGAUGUGGACUCCUAUGUCCUCUCCGAGUCCAGCCUAUUUGUGUUCGCGUACAAGAUCGUCAUCAAAACUUGUGGGACAACAAAGCUGCUUCUAUCUAUACCACCUAUCCUGAAAUUGGCUGAAACCCUUUCUCUUAAGGUGAAGUCAGUGAGCAAGGCCUAUAUCAUGGGUGGAUGGGAUAGCCAGCAGCAGUGGCAUGUUUACUCUGCUAAUGCAGAUGCUGCUGUGGUUGAUGAACCAAUUUACACCGUGGAGAUGUGCAUGACUGGUCUUGACAGAGAAAAGGCUGCAGUGUUCUUCAAAACCCGGUCUCCUACUGGGGCUGUGAUGACUGUCGAUUCUGGGAUAAGGAAGAUCCUACCAAACUCUGAAAUAUGUGAUUUUGAUUUUGACCCUUGUGGCUAUUCCAUGAAUGCUAUCGAAGGCGGUGCUGUUUCCACCAUUCACGUGACCCCAGAAGACGGAUUCAGCUAUGCAAGCUUUGAAAUGGUGGGAUACAACCUGAAAGAAGUGGGUCUGAAGCAGGUGGUGGAUAGGGUGCUGGCUUGCUUCAAGCCAAGCGAGUUCUCCGUAGCUGUGCAUGCUACAAAUGUGGCUGGGACGAAACUGGAGAAGGAAUGUGCCCUGGAUGUGAAGGGAUACUGUCGCGGAGAGAGGAGCCAUGAGGAGCUCGGAAUUGGAGGUUCUGUUGUCUAUCAGAAGUUUGAUGCUGCUUCUUCUGAGGAUACUGGGUCUCCUAGAUCAACUCUGAAGUGCUGCUUUGAAGAGGAAGACGAGGAAGUUUGA